CUGACGGCCGGGGAUGUCUAUGAUAUCUCCUCCGUGGUGGGCCGGGACCUGCUGCAGCUCAGCGCCGGGCCACACGUGCCCGCCGCCCUGUCCCGGCUGCAGUUCAGGAUCGUGAGGGUGCUGGAAAUGCUGGAAGCGCUGGUGAGCGAGAACAGCCUGGCCGAGGAGCAGCUGCGGAUGGAGCGGGACAGCCUGCGGCGGGAGGUGGAGACGCUGCGGGGACGAGGGGCCCAGGAGAGCACCCCGCAGCUCAGCCUUGGACCAGAUCAGAUGGUGAUAGACCUCACGGAUCCCAACCGGCCCCGGUUCACCCUCCAGGAGCUGCGGGAUGUCUUGCAAGAGCGGAACCAGCUGAAAGCUCAGCUCCUUGUGGUGCAAGAGGAGCUACAGUGCUAUAAGAGUGGGAUCAUCUCACAGAGAAAGGACCCAACUGAAGAACUGGAAAAAGCAGCCAGUGGCAGCAGCNGUGGCAGCAGCAAGGACAGCGAAGAGAAGACAAUCAUCAAACGGCUGUUCUCUUUUAAACAUGGAAAGUGA